AUGGAUUUGAGUAGCUUGCUGAAGGCUGAGAUUGCAAAGAAACAACAGCAGCUUCAGAAAGGUAUCAAAGAAGCUUCAGCUGUUGCCAACAAUAGUCUCGCGGCGGUAAAAGCAGCGUCAACGACUGCUUGUGACAACGAGAAAGAAGAGACAGCAGAUGACGAGGAUAUCAAUCACUCACUAGAUAAUCCUAUUCGCGAAGUAACAGCUCCAGAGAAUACGCUUCUCGAUGCGGAACGGCUGCGGACGCGGCCAGAACGUAUUGCUCGGAUUCGCGAUGAGGACGAAAAGAUGGACACCGCAAUUGGCGCGAGUUGCAUCGGAGACAAGAACCAAGAACCACAUCUGGCAAUCAAGUGCAAUCUAUAUAUUCACCAUCUGCUUCGACAGUGGGAAGACACAGGCUACAAGCCCGAACUAAUUUUGGAGACGAAGAAAUCGUUGUUACCACUGCUGGUAAAGCUGCGAAAGCGAAAACUCUCGUCUGAGUUUGUGACUUCGUUGUCUACUAUUCUGUACCAUAUCCAGCAGGCCCAAUUCUCACUUGCCACCCAAUCCUACAUGAAACUAAGCAUCGGGAACGUAGCCUGGCCCAUCGGUGUGACCUCAGUUGGCAUUCACGCUAGAAGCGCCCAAGAACGAAUCCAGGGCAAAGACAAGAUCGCCAAUGUGAUGCUAGACGAGCCUACGCGGUUGUGGAUCACGAGCAUCAAACGGUUGAUAUCAUUUAGUGAACUUUUGGAGCGCCGUAAGAAGUCACAGUGCUAA